GUAUAUAUGCUGAUGCUGGAGUGAGGAGGCUACAGGCUGGCAAAGGGGCAACGGUGGGCUUCAAAAGGGGUGGUGGCCGUGUGCAAGGGAGGAAAGCCUUUGUCUAAAAAGCUCUCUCUUGUGGAAGGGAUCCGGGGGCUUCAAGGGGCUGAGAUAGUACCAGGUACCCCAACAUUUGUGUGUGGAAACCCUAUUUUACUGUCCAGCCCACAUACUGUUUCCACUUCACUCCUCACACACUGCAUCUUUCUAGCCCACUGACUCCCCACCGAUCGAUCCCACUGCUACCAUGCCGGUGACACAGGCACUAGAAGGAAUAAAGCCCCCGGUCCACGAACAGAUCACAGAGCUGCAGAACAAGAUACAACUCCUAGAAGGUGAUCGGAAAGCUUUCUAUGAGAACUCCCAAUGGAACAUUAAGAAGAACAAGGAAUCAAUUUUGAGGCUGAGGCAGGACAAUAAGAAGUUGCACCAAAAGUUGGCAGAUCUCCUAGCGGGAGAAGAAAAAGUAAUCAAGGCUGCAUUCCAAGAACAUCCAGCUGAGCAAGGAUCUGUGAAAAAUAAAACAGGAGAAGGUGCUAUCCAGAUCAUCAAUCACCGGCUAUGUGAGAAAAUCAAUCAGCUAAACAACCUGAAGCAUCAGGUAGAGAUGCGAAAGCGCAGGCUAGAGGAGCAGCAGCUUCAGUAUAGUACUAAAGCACAAGAAAUCAAUUACAUACAAGGACUAGAAGAACGGAACAUAGAGGCAGCCAAGACUCUGCGAACUCUGGAGAACCGCCUGGAAAAGGCCCGAUUUAAAACUGAAGAGGCUGAACGUAUCACUGGCAUGUAUCAGAAGCUAAAAGCACAUAUGCAGGAGGAGAGCCUACACUUCCAGAACAAGCUGGAUGCCCUGGAAGCUGAGAUUUUACGCCUGCGCCAUGAACUCAAGGAUCUGGAAAGUGUGAACUCUGAUGCACAACAUGCUCGUGAUGCAGCUAGGGCGCAGCUCCUGACCCAGGAAGAAAGCAUCUACCGAGAACGGAAACUCCGUGAUAAGAAGCUGAAGGAGCUGAAGAAGCUGACUGAGGAAAAAAGAGUGCAGAAUGAGCGUGCAGAAAGACGGCAGUCUCAGAAGGACCGUGUCCCGUUUGGGGCUGAAGAACUGCUCAAAGAGCCCCAGCUCAAAAAGACAACUAUCCUGAAAAAUAAACAAGCCAUGUUAACUGCAACAGAGGGCUUUGACAAGAUCCGAGCAGCCACUGGUGUCACUGACGCUCAGGAUGUUGUAGCUGCCUUCCUGGCUCAAGAAGAAACCUGCAAGCAACUGGAGGAAAUGAAGGAUGAGAAUGAAGAAUCCCUGAUACGACUUAAAGAGGAGAGAGAUGCAUUACUGCAUGAACUGGAGCACACCAAGUACUCAGGAGAGGCUCGGAAAGUGGGGGCCCAGAACCUCAGGAAGGAGUUACAUGACCACCUGCAGAAAGAAGAGAAGAGGCGUGAUGCAACCCAGGCAGACCUGGAUAAGGUGAACCGGGUUCUGCUCAGUGCUAAGGCUGGAGUGGAACAUAUGGCCUCCAAAGUGCAGCACAUCAAACUGGAAGAUAGCCGCUUUGCUUCUACUGAAUUGAAUGAGAAAGCAAAUGACUAUAUACUUGACCUCCUGGCCCAAACAGAGGAGAAAUUGCUAUUCCUGAUGGAUUCCCUUAAGGACCGAGACAAGAAGGAACUUCUGCGGAGAAUUGAAGAAGUGGAGUUCCAUUCUAAACUUGAGAGAAGGCUGCCUGCCUACAACACCAGGGUCAAACUGCCCAUCGCACAGAAGCCAGACAUGUAUUAUGAUGAGGAGGACAGUGGAGAGGAUGAUGCUGAUGUGGUGACACGCGCAGCCCUGAAGCGUCAAUCCCAGCAAAUAAUAGAUUCCAAGACCAAACGUCGGACCCGCUACAGAAAGAAGGAUGGGAAGCUGUGACUACAUCUGAGCAGUCCUACCUUCUCCAGAUCCUGCUGAGCUCCAAAGUCCUUGGGUAUUAAAGGUGCCUCCUAGCCAGUGGCGUUCUGUGUGA